ACUACGUUGAAGAAUUCUGAAGUGCUCACUAGGUGUUAUCGCUCACACCGAAAACUUUACGCCACAUUGGCUUUAAAAUGAAUUAGUGACCCUAAAAAUUGAGAAAAAUUUACAAAACCUAAAAACUGCUUUCGAAUAUGUCCUCAUUACCAGUUGAGGAGGAGACCUCUUUUCUCAGGACUGAAGACUUCAUUUGCCUCAGCUGCUUUUCCCAUGGAAGCUCGGAGCGACUUUGUUUGGCUGCAGAGGGAUUUGGGAACAGAAUGUGUUCUUUAGAAAUAAUUUCAAGAGAGUCACCUCCUCCAAAUAUGCCCCCAUGUGUUUUUGUUCUGGACCAAGCCCUUUCUGUACGAGCCCUUCAAGAAAUGCUUUCCAUUCAACAUCAAAGCUCAGAUGGAAGCGGUCAGUCUGGUCAUAGAACUUUGCUCUAUGGACAUGCUAUUCGGCUAAAACAUAGAGAAAGUAACAUGUACCUAUCGUGUCUUUCGACAAGUACAUCACAAGAUAAACUAGCUUUUGAUGUUGGUCUUCAACAGAAUGCUGAGACUGAAGCUUGCUGGUGGACAAUACAUCCAGCGUCAAAACAGCGUUCUGUUGGAGAAAAGGUCCGGAUAGGAGAUGAUCUUAUCUUGGUCAGUGUUUCAUCAGAGCGUUAUUUACAUGUUUAUGGGGAAGUCAUUUCAAGCAAUGGCGUAAUUGCGAGUUUCCAGCAAACUCUGUGGACAGUACUUCCCGUUUCCAGUGGUGCAAUAAGGCAAAAGUCUAUGCAUAUGGUAUUAGGUGGUGAUGUUGUUCGCCUCUUUCAUGGUGAUGAAUCUUUGACAGCAGCGUGUGCCACUGAGUCAGAGGAAUUUUCAUCGUCGGUUGCAAUGACAAUGAACGGAUCAGCUCCCGGAAGUCCCCCUAAUAAAAUACAACGUUCAAGUAUAGUGAAUUCUGAUUUAUUGUCUGGUUCACGUCAUGCGGUUAUGUAUGAAAUUGGCGCUGUUUCAACAAGUGCUCGCUCAUUAUGGCGGAUUGAACAUAAGAAAACUAAAUGGAGUGCUGGUUUCUUCUCAUGGGGUUCUGAAAUUCGUUUACGUCAUGUAACUACUGGUCGUUAUUUGGGUGUAUUGCCUAGUGAAGCCAAUGGAAGUGGACACUGUGAUGUCGUCACUUUGUCAGCACAUGAAGCAACAAAUGCAGCUUCAAUCUUUUUGAUAAGACCUAGUAAAGAUGAUAAAAAACGUUCAGAAGAACAUGAAACUGAAGGUAUGGGUGAACCAGAUCUUAGAUUAGGUGAAACAUUAGCUUACCUUCAACAUGCGGCAUCUGGUCGAUGGUUGUCAUAUGAGGCAUACGAAACACGUAAACGUGGUGUUGGCCGUGUGGAAGAGAAAAAAGCUGUCCUAUUAAUUGAAGGUCAUAUGGAUGAUUUGUUUAGUUUAGUAAGAGCACAAGAUGAAGAAAUCAGGUCAGCAUCAGCAAUACGUCGAUGCACAUCUGUAUUUAAUAACUUUAUACAUACAUUAAAUUAUAUAUCAUCACCGCAAAACAUAACUUUACCAUCACAACAGAGUCAGUGUAAUUUAAGCAGUGGACAUUUAUUAGGUGAAGUAACUCAAUGUUUAGAGGAUUUGAUUGAAUUUUUCGCUCAACCGCAUCCACAUGAAGAACACGAAAUUCAACAAUCUAAAUUAACUGCAUUAAGAAAUCGUCAAAAUUUGUUUCAGAAUGAAGGUAUGAUUGGGCACGUAUUGAGCACUAUAGAAAAAUUCACUGGAACAUUCCAAACGCGUCGAGAAUUUUCACAAGCUGUUGGUGAGGAUAAAGCUGAUCAGUUUGAUGAAUUGGGUAAUUAUCUAUACUUACUACUAGCUGCACUUAUUCGUGGCAAUCGUGAAAAUUGUGCACAGUUCGCUACACCUACCCGAUUAGAUUGGCUUUUCAAUAGGCUGGAAUUACAACAGGGUUUCGCUGAAGGUGUAUUGGAUGCUUUACAUUGUGUUCUAACUGACAGUGACGAAGCUUUGUAUUUGAUAACAGAGCGUCACAUACGCACACUGAUUGGGUUACUGGACAAACAAGGUCGUGAUCCAAGGGUUCUACAAGCAUUAUGUUCAUUAUGUCUAGGACGUCAAGGUGGAGCUGUACGAUUAAAUCAGGAGCUGAUAUAUGAAACCUUACUACCACAAAAAGAUUUAUUAUUACAAACAAAAUUAGUUGAUCAAUGUGGAUCAGUUCGACCAAAUAUAUUUGUCGGUUAUAAAGAUGGUGGAGCUAUGUAUCCGAAGUGGUAUUUUGAAGUAAUUAUUGAUUCACUUGAGACAGUUACACAUCAACCAGCAAAAAUUCGGGUUGGUUGGGCUAAUACAGAAGGUUACAAUGCACAUCCCUGUGGUGGACCUGGUUGGGGUGCUGCAGGAUUGGGUGAUGACCUGUUUAGUUAUGCAUUUGAUGGAAGUUGUUUAUGGGCUGGUGGUAAGCCGAAACGGGCUACGAUCGGAACAGAUGAAGCAACAAAUGAGGAAGCAACAUCUAAUGUACCAUUGAAACGUGGUGAUAUUAUUGGAUGCUUGUUGGAUUUAACUGGACCUGUUAUUCAAUUUAAUGUGAACGGGCGUCUAGUAAGGGGAUAUUUUCAGGAUUUCAAUAUAAGCGGUUUGUUCUAUCCAUGUAUGAGUAUGAAUGCAAAAGCAAGUGCCAGAUUUCUCUUAGGAUCAAAUCAAGGUCGUUUACAUCAUGGUCCUCCACCCGGUUACUCACCUAUAUAUUAUGCUAGACAACCGGGGCAAAAACUUCGUCUUGAACCUGUAUUUACAUUCGGUCAACUUGAUAAAUACGUAUUCACCGGUCCACUGAAUUCACCAACACCACAACAAUAUGUAUUUGUACCACGUACAGUGCGUACUUCUCAUAUCCAAUUACCAAACUAUGUUGAAAUGGUUCGUGAUAGAUUAGCUGAGAAUCUGCAUGAAAUGUGGUCUAUGCGUAAAAUUGAUCAGGGCUGGAAAUAUGGUGAACGUCGAGAUGAUGAAAAUAAUCUUCAUCCUUGUUUGACUACAUUUGACAAGCUGCCGCCGUCAGAUAAGCAGUAUAAUGUAACACUUGCCUACGAAACAUUAAGAACAAUAAUUAGCUUAGGUUAUAAUAUUACUUAUGAACCAUUACCUGAGGGUACAAGGAUGAGAACAAUGAAGCUGUCAAAUAGUUUUACUCAAGUGAAUGGUUAUAAACCUCAGCCAUUGGAUUUAACACAAAUUCGUUUGUCUGUGCGCAUAGAAGCAUUAGUUGAUCAAUUAGCUGAAAACACACAUAAUAUGUGGGCACGUGAUCGCAUUGCACUAGGAUGGACUUAUGGUUUUGUUGAAGAUCAUUCACAGAAACGAAGUCCACAUUUAGUUCCAUACAGUGAAGUUGAUCCUAUUAUCCAACAGUCAAACAAGGACACAGCGAUUGAAACAGUGAAAACACUUAUAGCCUAUGGAUAUUCACUGGAACCCAUUAGUUCAGACUCUUCCGAUCCAGGUCGUGGUAAUUCUAAUAUGGAUUAUUCAGGACCAACCAGGACUUAUCGUGGCCAAACUACUAGAGCAGUAACACGUGGUAAAUGGUACUAUGAAGCAGAAAUACUAACAUCUGGUUUUAUUCGAAUUGGAUGGGCUAAGAAAAGUGCACCGCCUGACUUAAUAAUUGGUUCAAAUAGCAGUUCGUAUGCUUUUGCUGCACAUCAGGCUCGUAAGUGGAAUCGAAAUGGUUCUGUUUAUGGUACAAUCUGUCGACCAGGCGAUGUAGUUGGUUGCAUGAUGGAUUUAGUAGACAAAACUAUAUCAUUUUCAUUAAAUGGAGAGUUGAUGAUGGAUCCUCUUGGACUGGAAAUCGCCUUUAAACAUAUAAAAGUGGAAGAAGGUUAUGUGCCAGCAUUUUCUCUUGGAUCUGGACAGCAAGUUAAGAUCAAUUAUGGAAAUGAUGUUCAAUCACUGAAAUUCUUUACUUAUUGUGGACUACAAGAAGGAUAUAAACCAUUAGGAGUUAAUAUGUGUAGACCGUUGCCUAUGUGGUAUUCCAGAGAGGAUCCAUCUUUAUUUGUUGAUGUUGAUCGGCAGCACCCAUCGCUAAAAGUUAACGUAUCAUCUGGAACAACACCUACUUUUAAAGUAACAGUUAAACAAGCAGACCAUAUAUCAUCAGAAGAAAUACAGUUUUUACGAUUAAGUUUAGGCACACAGUGUAAAGAUCAUUUUACAUCAAAAACCUUGAAUGAACGUCAUGCACAUCUUGAUGCUUUAAGGCGUCAACUUGAACCAGAACCAAUUUACACACAAGGUGUUGGAGUUGGAGAUUCUUCUAAUCUGAUUAUGAUGGGACAAGAUAUGUCCGCUUCUACACUAGAAGUUCGAGAUAGACGUGGUAAGAAAAUUAGACUUGGAAAUAUGUUUAAGAAAGCUCGAUCAAGGGAUCCAAGCCCGGAAGUAACAUCGACUUUAGGUGGAGGAGGUGGUGGGUCGUUGCUAAGUGGUGGUGGUAGUAGCCUUACUGGUGGCAAACGUGGUGGUGCACAUGCUACAACUGGUUCGUUGGGUCCUGGUGGUGGUGGUGGUCAGGGAAGUGCCGGAUCUGGUAGUCUUCUUUCUGCAACAGCUGGGGGUUUUUCCACUGGGAUCACGGGGCCACAAGUUACAACAACCCAAAUGUCUCAACUUGAUCAAAAUCCUCCUGGUGCUAUCAGUGGUCAGAGGCAGGUGCAACAGGCAGGAAUGCCGGCACCAGGGGCUCUCGGUGAUAUAAAAAAUACUAGAGCAGGUGCAACUGGUUUAGAUGAUAUGGACUUAUUUCUUCCAACAUCAAGUGGACACACAAGUCCAUUAGCUAAUCUCGUCGAUGAAUUUUCAUUCACAGUAUUAGUGUUACCCGGACAAGAUCCUGGCCUAGUUCAUAUUGGUUGGGUCACAAGUUACUUCAAAUUAGCUAAAACAAGUAAACCGGAUCAUAUUAGUGGAUUUUUACAUAAUGUAUCAUCACAAUUACAAUUCGACACAACACAUGGACAAUUACAUGGUCACUCUAAUCAAAAUCCUAUGCUUGGUGAUACUAGUGGCAGCGGUAUGCAACCAUACGCUGCCGACUUAUUCACUGUUCGUCAAGCAGCUGUUUGUCUCUUGGAGUCAGAUUUAACAUUAAAGUCUGCUGUUGCUGAACGUGCAUCUUUCAUGGUUAACUUGGGGCAAUUACUCAAUCAGAUGGCUACAGCAGAAGACUUAGGUAAACGAAUGAGUCAAGGCUUAUCGCUAACUUGCUGGGUUGAUAUAGCCAGUGGAACAUUGGGAUUUGAUUUAAAUGGUCGUGAUAGUGGGAUACGGUUUCAGGUCGAGCCAUCCACACGUUUAUUUGCUGCAGUCUUCUAUCGACCUACUGUUAAAGAGGCUAUCCAUUUUGAAUUUGGUCGACGAAAUCGUUAUACUUUACCAAUUACGGCGAGUAUGCUUCGACCACCAAGAUAUACAUCCACUGUAUUGCCACAUCGUUUAAGAGUUCAAGCAUUGGAGCGUGUUCAUUGGGCUCGUGUACCACCGAAAGCUAUAAAGAUGUUCAGUAUGAAGAUUAGUGAACUACGCGGAUGGGGUACCUCUAUUGAAUAUCCAGUCUCCGAAAUUGCUGUUCGUUUACCAGAAUCCGACAGAUGCUUUAUAGCUCUUGAAUUAGAGGAAAUGCCAGAAUUAUUAAAGUAUCAUUCUCAUACACUGGAAUUAUAUCGUGCUUUAUGCUGUCACGAUAAUCACAAUGUUGCACAUUAUUUAACUAAUCAUGUGGAUGAAUAUCAAUUAUUGCAUGCUAUGACAGCCGCAGAUAUGCCUGGACCUCUACGUUCUGGUUUUAUUGAUUUAAUGUUAGUUAUGCAUAUAAGUAGUCAUGUAAAAUUGAAACAAGUCACAGGAAAGGAAUUCAUUGUACCAAUGUUUAAAACUGAACCGAAACCGAAAAAAUAUAUAUUCGAUUUUGAUGAACGUACAGGAGAAUUAGACGGUAAAAAAAUAAACGAUGACGGCGGUAAAGAAGUUGAUGAAUAUGAUUUCGACCGGAUACCAGCUGUUGAAGAACAUAUCAGUAUUCGUCCAGAACUGAAAACUGAUCCACAUUUACUUAUUCCUGGAGCAGAUGGAACUGGCAAUUUGCCUGUAACGCCACCAGAAAAAACAAAAGAAGAUAGUGCAUUGUCAACUGCAUUGAAUAUAGCUGGAACGAAUGGUUUAUUAAAACUAUCCGAUUGUCCACCAUUUCCAUUAGUUAAAUUGAAAUUAGUCUGUUUAGAUUGUUUAGUUGAUAGUGUAUAUAAAGGUGGUAGUAUACGUGAUCCAGCUGGUGGAAGUUAUGAACAUUUAUUGCUACCGUUAGUAAAAACAAUCAACUGUUUACUUGUUAUGGGUGUGCUCGAUCAAAAAGAUAUUCACACUCUAUUGGCUAUCUUGGAUCCUAAAUCAUUUAAAGCAUCAUUGCCAUUAAGAGGUGAUUCGACGUAUGAAAGCCUACUCGAGUUUCACUUGCCAGAAAGUGUCAAACUAGAAAUAUGCCGUCUGUUACAUAAUUUAUGUGAUUUACAAUUACGUAACCGAGUAGAACAAGUUGUAAAAUUUGCUAGUAAAUUUGUACAAGCUUUACAAGAAGAUCAAAAUUUUAGGUAUAUGGCUAUCAAGAAAUCCAAUCUACCAUCAUCUGUAGCAGCUAGAAGAACAAGGGAAUUUAGAUGCCCUGCCUCAGUACAAAUGAAAAGUCUUCUGCAAAUCCAUGGUCCGGGUGGACCAACAGGUCGUUCACAAGAGACACAAAUUGAACCAUCAACUAAUGAGACAGUUUCUGGAAAUGAAGAAGAAGAUGAUGAAUUAGAGGAUGUUGAAACUAAUCCCUGCUCGGAAGAAGUUAAGGAAAUGCUUCGAAGUUUUCACAAACUACUCUGUAAUAAGUUAGGUGUAAUGUUACCAGAAAAUAAUGAAAGCAACUCAGAAAAUAAAUCAGACUCUGAUAAGUCUGCGGACAGUGGGUUCGACGAAUCACAUUUACAUUCACCAUUACUAACACAUCCAUCAGAUACCCUUAGUUUAGCAUCAUUUGGUCCAUCUUAUCCAUCUGAUGAAUUACAAACAGCUUUAGCUCACCUUCCAUUGGUCCCGCCUGAUAUGGGUCAUCCAGAAGAAGGUUCAGGUACACCACCAUGGAUUUUAAAAUUAUUAUGGAAUAUAAUUAUUCGUAAUCCAUUGACAAAUGAUUCAACCAUUGAAGUGAAUGAGAAUAAUGAGCAGACAUCUGUUACUCAGUUUUAUCAUUCAGGAAAACGUUCACUGGAUGGACUUAUCGUUUAUACGAUAGUUAAAUGGGCUAAAGAAGGUUUUAUUGAAAGUUUGGAACUGAUCCGAGAAAUGUUUUCUGCACUUCAUCGUCAAUACAAUGCAACUGAAGAACUAAAAAAUGCACUAGAAAAAACUUAUGUCAUCAGUGGUUCAUCGCAAGAUGAAGUAUCUCGUCUACUACGUUCACUUGGACGAGUAAGAAGUUUACUUGGUGUUCAAUUAGGAACAAAUGAAGAAAUUCUAUUAAAGAAUUGUUUAUGGGACUUAAUGAAUAAUAAAGUAUUCUUUCAACAUCCUGAUUUAACACGUUGUUUAGCUGUACAUGAGACAGUUAUGCAAUUAAUGGUACAAACAUUAACUAAAGCAACAUUUGAACAACCAGGUGGAAAUGCCAUUUCCAAAGAUGCAAUACACUCAUCCAAUCAGGCGGUAACAACUGACAUUACAGUGACUAGUGUCACUGGUUCUUCAUUACCUGUUCUACAUGAGGAAGGUUUAAAUUCAACUACAGGUCAUGGAAGUCAUCACCAACAACAACAGCAAUCGCAACAACAACGUGGUUCAACUGGACCAACUGAAAUGGUUGUUCAAUGUUGUCGUUUUCUAUGCUAUUUUUGUCGUACAUCAAGAGAUAAUCAAAAAGCUAUGUUUGAACAUCUUAGUUAUAUGCUAGAAAAUUCAUCUAUGCUACUAGCUCGUCCAAGUCUUCGUGGUACAUGCCCAUUGGAUGUAGCCUAUUCUUCUUUGAUGGAUAAUAAUGAACUGGCUUUGGCUCUACGGGAAAAACAACUGGAAAAGGUUGCUAUCUAUUUAUCACGAUGUGGCGUUCAGUCAAAUGCUGAGUUAUUAGCUAAAGGUUACCCAGAUAUUGGAUGGGAUCCAGUGGAAGGAGAACGUUUCCUUGAUUUCUUACGUUUCACUGUUUGGGUUAAUGGUGAAACAGUUGAAGAAAAUGCUAACUUAGUUGUUCGUCUAUUGAUUCGCCGACCAGAAUGCUUAGGUCCGGCAUUGCGCGGUGGAUCGAAAGUUAUGAAACAUUCUACUGGAAAUACGGGAACAGACGGUUUAGAAGUGCCACCAGGUGGUCCAGAUGGAUUGCAUGCUGCAAGCGAAUCAACUGGACAGCUAAUUAGCGACACAGAUUAUCAGCCUAAUUUAGCUGGUGGUGGUCUUCUAAAGGCAAUGAAAGAAGGUCUAGUAAUGUCAGCUCAAAUUAAACUAGUGAAAAUGGCUCAAGAAGCUGAAGCAGCAGGCUUGAAUCCAGAAGAAGAAGAUUUAGGGUGGCGAACUGUCUUGAUGGACUACGAAGACGCUAAUUUAUUUACACCACUACCAUACAACUUUGAAUCACUACCGCCUGAAGAUGAUCCCGAUUACAUCGAUCUGGGUGCUGCAAUAUUGACGUUUCAUUCAAUUUUGGUAAAUUUAUUGGGAUAUUGUGCACCAGAUAUGGAAACUGUUAAAAGUGAAUCAAUACGUGCCAGGUCAAUUUUACAAUCACUUGUUAGUAUGGCUGAUUUAGAAGGAGUUUUAUCAUUGAGAUUUAUAUUACCUCCGCCAAAAUUAGAAGUCCAGACUAAUGAAGAUGGAGAAGAUGAAUGGGUUGAUAAAGCUGGUAUGCCACCUGGUCUACUGCCAGAGCAUAAAGCAUCAGUUGUGUUAUUUUUAGAGCGAGUUUAUGGAAUUUCAGAUGCUGCGACAUUCUUAAGAUUAUUAGAAAAUGGUUUUCUACCAGAUUUACGUGCAGCCACAUUACUUGAUUCAACUGUUGUUCCAGACAGUGAUAUGGCUUUGGCAUUAAAUCGUUAUUUAUGCAACAGUGUUUUGCCAUUACUCACACGGCAUACUAAAUAUCUUGGCGAAGAAGGUACAACUGGAGGAUUAUUUGAGGCAACAUUACAAACGGCUUAUCGUUUAUCAAAAUGUCGAUCCAUUACUAAUCAUCAACGUGAAGUCGUUUGUGACUUUUUAGUUGCUUUGAUGCAACAAAUUAAACCACCAAUGAUGUCUGCUCUAUUAAAGAAAAUGGUUUCUGAUUUACGUACAUUAUCAAAAGAAUCCGUCGUAUCACUUCGAGCGUUGACAGAAUUUUACCAACGCUGUGGAACUUAUUAUAGUUCAGAUGGAUGGACAGGUGGCGCACAAAGUUCACCAGGACAUAGUGCAACAUCAGUUGACGAUGAUUCUGGAUGUACCAGUAACGAAACCGGUAGUGGUGCUAGUUCUGGUGGAGCUGAUAAUGUAGGUAGUCGUAGCGGUGAUGGUGAAACAUCAGCAUCUGAAGAGGAACGAAGUAUCACUGCUCAUCUAUUCAUAUUAAUAUUCGAAAAGUUAUCCCGACAACCAUAUGAACCGGAAUUAUUUUCUUAUGCAUUACCAUGUCUAUGUUCGAUAGCAUGUGCUUUACCACCGGAUUAUUCAAUUAGUCAAUUGAAUGCGAUGGGUCAACAAAAUGACAGUUUAGGGCAAAAUGUUGGGCAAUCAGUAUUCACUGAUCAAAUGAAUUCUUUACUAGUUCCUGGGGCUCCUAAAUUAGAAGCGAAUGAUUCACUUGAUGAACUUGUUCAUCACGAUGUAUUUCGCCCUCAACCUAUAGAUACAUCUCAAGUUCGUCUUCCAGUAGCACUGAAUGGCUUAAUUCAGAGAUUCGCUGAACAUUGCCAUGAUUCAUGGGCUUUAGAUUUGAUUGAACAGGGUUAUACAUUUGGUGCACAAGUUGAUGAAGUUCGAAGAACACACCCAAAUUUACGCUCUUUCAGUCAGUUGCCAACACAGGAGCAAAUGAGAUAUAUUCAUCCUGUAACAGAUACACUAAAAACGAUGUUAGCUUGUGGUUGGUCUGUUGAUGGUGAUGAAAAUCGUUACCGUGAUACACCUGGGGAUACAAAACACAUACGUAGACAAACGAUUACAAGUGAUAAUUUGUUAAAUUAUAAUCCGAGUCCAAAAGAUUUACGUGGUGUAAAUGUUACCAAAGAAAUGUUAAAUAUGGCUGAACGUCUAGCUGAUAAUGCACAUAAUAUAUGGGCCAGACAAAAAAUGAGUGAUCUCGAAGCAAUUGGUGGUGGAGUACAUCAACUACUAGUACCAUAUGAUAUAUUAACAGAUAAUGAACGUAAAAGAUAUCGGCGUCUAACCCAUGAAUUGAUUAAAUAUUUACAGUAUAAUGGUUAUAGAUUAACUGUUCGUACUGGAUCGAAUUCAACUAAUACUAAUACAAAUAAAGGGAAUGGAGGUACUAGUAAUGUUAGACAUCAUGACAACAGAAAUUUAGCACCAACAUCACGAUUUGCUUAUGGGUUAUUGAACAAGCUUUUGGAUUAUGUCGAUUCAGCCAUGUCAUCAGUUCGUGAACCAAUGCCAAGCACUCGUUAUAGUACUAGUCGUUCUUGGUUAAGUUCAAGUCAAGAUAUGAAAUUCUUUGUUAAGGUUGUACUACCAUUAGUUGAACGCUACUUUGAAACACAGCAGGCAUACUUUUUAGACCCAGUAGCAGGUGCUUCAAUUGAUGAAAAGAAGAUGGCUGCCACUUUAUUUUGUAAACUCUUCUCGUUACUUCGAAUAAAAUUGAACACAUUUGGACAUGAUGUAAAGAUAGCUGUAUCUUGUCUUCAAGGUCUUGUGCAAACAAUUGAUGUAAAAGCUAUCUUAAAGAUGGGUACUGCAGAGGAUUUUGUUCGCAGUCGCAUCCUACCGUUUUUUGUUAAUGCGGCUGAUGAUUUAUGCGUUGUAGUUAGAAAUCUUGAUGCUAGUCGAUAUUCACAUGUGAAAGGUACAAUUAAACGUGGCGCAUGUUCAGUAGAUUAUAUUCACAUGGUAUUAUUACCUGUACUGAAAUCAAUGUUUGAACAUUUGGGCAAAAACGAAUGUGGCGAAUAUCUGCUAGUGGGUAAUGUCCAAGUCACGUGUUACCGAAUACUCAACGCUUUAUAUAAACUAGGUACUACAUCAUCGAAACACGCAAAUCGUCAAAGCUUUGUUGAUGAACUAAAUAGACAUAGAGCUUUAAUUGGUGAUUGCCUUGCUGCACUUGCAUCUGCAUUCCCUGUAGCUUUUCUAGAGGCUAAUUUAAAUUCUAAUAAUCCUCUUUCAAUUACAUUCAAUAAUCGUGGUGGUGAUUAUAGUCUUGAAGCUAGAGAUGUACUUGAAAAACUUUCUAAAACAAUUGGUGAUCUACAAAGCAUCAUUAAGCAAGUGGAACUUUUAGCCGAAUCUGGAGCAACUGGUGCUUCUGAAGCGCCAUAUCUUAUUGAGGUUACUUUACCUAUGCUUUGUUCAUAUUUACCUAACUGGUGGCGUAAAGGACCUGAAUGUAUGAAUUUAACUUCUUGUAAUGAUGGUUCCAAUGAAGGUGGAAUAGGACAAGACAAUAAAACUGGUAAUUUAGUACCUAAAACAAAAGGAAAUACCUUUCUAGCUAGUGCAACUGGACCUUUAACAACUGUUACAGCUGAUCUAAUGAAUCGAGUUCUUGGCAGUGUAUUGCAAUUAAUUCAAACAAACAUUGACUCAUCACAUGCACCUUGGAUGACAAGAAUAGCCACGCGUACUCAACCCAUUGUAGCUAAUUCUACAGCUGAUAUGCUUGGUCAAUAUUUUUUGCCAGUAUCUGAAAGGCUACUUGAACAUGCUUUGAUUGUUGAAAGAGUAGAAGAGGCGUAUAGAGCGGAAAAACGUGCAGGUUCUGAAAGUGUCGGUGAACGUGAAGAAGAACUAUCACGUUUAGUUGAAAUACUAGUACGAAAUUUAUUUGCGUUCUAUCCCCUUCUAAUAAAAUUUGUUGAUCGUCAUCGAAGUGCUUGGUUGAAAAAGCCGACGUAUGAAACGCAACGUUUAUUCUCAGCUGUUGCAAGGAUGUUUUUAGUAUGGAUCAGAGCAACGAAAUUUAAACGUGAAGAAGAGAAUUUUGUAAGCGCUCAUGAAAUUGAUCGGUUAUCAUUGAUUGUGCCAAGUGGGGGAAAUUUAACACCAGGUAUAAAUCGAAGUCGAACUCACACAAAUGGACGUAAUGAAUCAAGUAGUUUGAAAAAUGUAAAAAAAGCUAAAACUGGUCCCCAUACAAGUUUAACUGUUGCAUGUAUUAAACGUCUCCUACCAGUUGGUUUAAGUCAACUUGGUGGACGUGAGCAAGAGCUGGUAUUAUGCGCGAAAAGAAAGCUGAUUAAGGAUUUGUUAGAAUCAUGAGUUUGUAGACAAUCACUGAAAAUCAGAAAGAAUUGGCUGGUUAUGUUUGAGAAGUUUCAUUACAAGACGAUUUAGUUCCCUGGUUAUCCGUAUUUAUCUAGUUAAAGUCGGUUCGAUGUAUAAACCAUAAACUUGAUAUGUCUCUGUAUAGAUAUAAUUCAUUGGAUGUAUUUACAUGUCUUACACAACAAAUUUUUGUCAUCCAUUGACUUUAUCCUAUUCACUCAGUCAUUACUAUUAUUAUUGUUACUGUUAAAAGGAAACGCUUAGUUUGACAGGU